ACACGUAUGCAUAUUGUAUCAUUAUUCGCUUUAAAUAAUUCAUUUCAUAUGUAGUGUGUUAUUUCAGCGAGGAAUGUAAUCAGUGUUCUGGAUCAAAAAUGUCAUUACUCUCAAAACGCCAUUUGUCACCAACUGAUUUUUUUCCCUACCCCAAGUGCAUUGUCAACUCUUUCUCAUUAGUGAUGAGUGCUGUUCAUGUACAUGGUGAUGUGAGUCUAUGAAUCGAAGGCACAGUAGUGUGCAUGCUUGCUCAAUUGUAGUAGGCUUUGUCCUGAGGUUGACAAUGUAAAAUCGUAAUUUAAGAUCUACCAGUACACGCUUCAUAGACAGCAGCAGUCAUUUGGGACUGACACAGCACAGUAGUUUCGUGACUAAGCCCCAUCUGCUCCCUAUUGGUAAUAUUAUUAUCAAGCCCCUCCAAUGUACAGACCCACCCUAUUCAACAUGUGGAACGUUCCCGUCAGCGUAAUAACCUGUCUGCUAUUCUGUCACAUCAAUCGCCGCGGUGUUUCCCAAGACGCAGCGAGCUACAUCAGUUGGAUCAGCCGCGCAGUUAUUGUUUGGCACGUCAAACAGUGCCGCGCCUGAACCCAAGGUGUUGUUCCGUGUAUCAACCUGACGGACUGAUGAGGGAAACAUGUACAUGUAGCAGUUGCUAGAUUAUCGUAUAGAUGUAGAUGCCUCACUCUGUCUCAACAUAGAAAGUAGCCAGAACAAUGCAGAAGUACAUGUAGGCCUAGCGACUACUAGUGACAGAAGGAAUAUACUGAACAAGAUUGCAUCAAGUCAACGUUAGUGUGUAGGGGAACAAUCAUGGGUCGAAAACUGAAUUUGGCUCAUCUCUCUGAAGGCGAGUGCCGUCAAAUUCUGGAUGUCAUCCAACGAGAUUACAGCAUCAGACAGAAGGAAAAGGAACGCUUGGUAAAGCUACAGAAACUUGUCAAAGAUGAGGAGCAGAAGCGCCUGGUCCUGUCACGCCAGAAGCAGUUCAACGAGAAGUACUGCAUCUGUUGUUUCUCCUCCUUUGGACUGAUCUUCAACAAGCGAGCGGAGUGCAAGAGCUGCGGGUUCUUUGUCUGCCGAGACUGUUCGGUCAAGCCGGAGGGCCACAAGGAGAGCAUGUGCCUGGGAUGUGAUCAACAGAGGGAGCUACAGGUCCAGGUGUGUGAGUGGUUCUACGGUCAGAUUCGCAAUCGCUUCCGUCGCUUUGGCAGUGCAAAAGUGGUUAGAUCACUCUACAAGAAGGACAGUCAAUCCUCUGAUAGUGUAGAUCACAGUAGCAAUGAUUCUGGAGUGGACCAUGGCCAUCAGCUCAGCCCACCAGCCAGGGAGGCACUGAAUGAGCAAGCCUCCAAGGCAUUCCAGGAUACCCUGGAGAAGCAAACUAGUACAGAGCAUGCACAACUCUGUAAGCUGUCCCAGGGGUGGUUUUCCAGCAUGCAAACACCUAGAGCACAUUCUGGGAAGGCAGUUAAAGACCCUGACUGGCUGCCCCUCUUCAAGCCUGAGACGAUGUCAGUGGCUGUUCAGGCUCCAGAGGACGUCCUGUCUGAUGUCCUUGACAGCAGACAAGCACUGGAGGACUUUGUCUUUAACCUCCCACCGGAAGAAGAAGAGCUUGGUAGACGAUUAGAGAAGAAGCCUGCACGUCGGCACUCUGGCCCAGAGGUUGUCAUUUUGGAUCCAGAUGGAGAGCCUCUCAGCAAAGCUCAAGACUCCAACCGAAAGGUCCACUUUGGGGAAAUACCACCACCAGCCAAAUCCAAGGAUACCUCCCUGGUAUCAGCUGGGGCAGCAUACCAUGUUCUUUCCCCCAUCGAAGAGGUCCUGUCUUCCCCUGAGAUAGUUGAUAAGUAUUCUGAUAGCAAUGGCAACAACUUAGCAAGAAGUGCUAGUCCGUUGAAGGAUAGAGGUAGCAUUGAUAGACUCUCCCUUGGCGAUGAUGAUAAACGGGCACGGGCAGACUCCUCUAGCUCCAUAUCGCCUCACGACUGGGAUUCGGGAAUCCACAUGCCCUUGUGUCUCACCCAAGAUGGUGGCUGGGAGGUCUCACAAAGCACCUCCUCAGGAACUGAUUCCACUGAUGGGUCUCAAGUGAGAGACCCAGCAGCUAAGCUAGGGAGUCCCCUACAGAACUUUAAAUCAGAUUCAGUGGAUAGUUUCACAAGCAUGAGCCUACCAAGUCUAGAUGCUAAUGACACUUUAGAUAGCUUGGAAACCCACUAUAACUCGAUCCAUAGCGACACCAACACUCCAGAAGUCACUGAUGAAUAUGUGUCCAGCAGCAGCACUCUUGUCGAAAACCAAAGUGUGAAUGAGGACAAUGAUGAUGGUGUGAACUAUGUUGGAAUUGAAAUCGAGCAGUUGACCUUGUCUCGAAGCUCCAGCGAGGAGACCCUGAAGACAGAUGAUGAGGAUGACCUGGAUGGCAAAGUUGGGGAUCUGACCAUGGAAGAGUUUUUACAUCAGCUGACGCACCUCUCUCUGUCAGAGAUUAGUGAGGAUGCUGAGGACCUCAACCAAGAUGCAGGAGAGAUCUUGGAUGUGCAGGAUGCGAGCCCAUCACUGACGGAGGAAACAAGCCUAGCAUCCUCCAACGAGGAUUCCAAACAGGAUGAGAUUGGAAGUCUUAGCCAGAGGAUGAAGAUUGCUGAAGAGAUCCAGCCGUUACUUGCUGAGGAGGAGGAAGACUCAGAACUGGCAAAAAAUGUCUCUGUAGACACUCUAGUAUUGGAAGCACAACAGAAGGAGGAAAGGUGUCAGGACUCCUUAAAAGUUGAACCUAAGAAACAAGCAGAGAGUGAGGAGAAGCAUUUCAAGUGUACAAAAAGUCACCACCACCAUUCUAGCAGGUCACAUGUUCACGAUUCUACAGCCAGGGGUAAAAAUCCCUACAAGAGGUCAAAAUCUAAUGAUGAUUUCAUUUUGUCGGGGAGAUCAGGGGAUGGUAGGAGUAAGUCCAAUGGGAGUAAAAGCCAUCGGAGAGAUGGGGAACCUGCCAUGAAGUGUACCAAAGAGUCCCAUCAUCAUGGCAAGCAUCAUGAGAGGUCACCGUCCAAUCGCUUUAUUCGUUAUGACUCGCUCCCUCUGGUGGUGGAAGUCUUUGAAGCAGAGGGCAGCUACCACUGGCAUCAUAGUCACCGAGACUUCCGGCAGUUCUCACGCGAGUCUGACAGCAAUGACAGUGAGCCGUCCAACCAAGUAGCAUCUAAGACCAGCAGGUCAGGUGCAAAACUGGUCCGAGCAGCUCAUCUCUCUCCUAAGUCCUCUUAUGAGGAGGACCCCAGCCAGUCCAGACAACUCUCAAUAGAGUCCACCACAACAGAGGACACAAUGCCAAAGAGCACAUCCCAGUCUUCAGGCCCUACCACACCAGAGUCUCGCAGAGACAGCCAGCAGUUGGCUGGAAUGUCCUCGGAGGAUAGCAGCAGGGAAGAGCAAUGCUCCCCGGACAAGCCACUCCACUACUCCCCAACAGAGCAGAGCAGUGGUUUACAGAGUAGGCUAAGUCUUAGUCAACCCAAGCCUACCUCCUUGGACUACGGAGGCAAGGAAAGGAACAUCCAGGAAACCAUUGCUUCAUUACAAUCUUCUACUCAAGGAGAAAACACUUUAAUUAGUUCAGGGAAUGCUAAGAAAGAUGAACAGACAGUUGGAUGUCAUCCUGACCGAAGUACAAUUCAAGGUAAAUUUCUUGGCAGUGCUUCUUCCUCAGACAGUCAGACUAGUCAGAAAACUUCUAAGGAGCUUCAGUCCCCGCAACUCUCACCCCGUGCUAUGCCAAACCAGGCGUCACCUCUCACAUCCCCUUCACAGCUUCAUUCCCUGGAAUCUCUACUGCGGCUCUCUCCCUCUACUCCGCCGACCCAACUCUCACCGGGAGGUUCCCCACUGACCACCCCAAAAAGGAUGGCUUCCUUGAGAAAGGACAUUCAAGAGCUUGCCAACCUGAGCAAGAAGGUGUCCAUCACUCAGGAGGAGAUGCUACAGUCUGCUGAGGAGGUUCUAACAUCGGCUCAUAAGAUGUCCAACAUUCAGACUCAAGUAGAGGAACUGGAGGAUGUUUUGGACAGUUUAGAGAGGACAGUCAUUGGGGAGUCAUCAUCGUUGUAUGGAAGCAGUAGCAGUGAGAACGAAGACUCUGUGGUUGGCCCACAGGAGCAAGUUGUGGAAGAUAUGCAGUUGCUGGAGAAACAGCUUGCCAGCUCACAUACAGACAACGCUCCAUCAGAAACCAACUCAGCAACAGCUGUGCGCAUGAUCACUGCAACUGCUCUGAAACUCCUUGGUACGACAGAAGAUGCCAUGGAAUCCCACAGUGCGAGUCUUGCCUCCCCGACACCUCAGACUGAUGCCAGCUCUCGGACCAAGAACACUGUCAGUGAGGGAUUAGGGCAGGAGACCUGCGGAGAAAAAACUCCUGGAGAGACUGGAGAACAAGAAGUUGGACUACGAGACUCGCAGAGUCUUAGUCGGGGAAGCUCCGAGGAAGAAGAGAUGUGUGCUUGCUCAUCCACUGACGGAAGCCGUCCCAGUUCACUGACUCUUGACGAUGCACUGACAAGAAAUCCCUGCCACUCCCAGAACCCUGGUCAGCAAUUUGAUGGGGGCUUGGAGUCCCAAACGGUGCCUCCCAAGCCUGAGAAGUCCAGAAAUCCAACCCUCCAUGGUGUUGCAUUUCUGCACCUGCACCCUGGUCAGGAUUCACCACCCAUAGCCACGCUGAUGUGCGAGAUGGAAGAAAACGUCAGAAACGGAAACGGCAUCAGCGCCGCCGGUAGCCCAUUUAAAAAUGGCGACAGCACAAUGCUGGAUGAGGCGGCUUGCAAACAGACAUCACCCCGUAGUCUUUCUGUUGACAGUUGCAGUGACUUGGCCUUUGACCUCGAGGGAAGUUUCGACAAGGACAAAGCAGCUGAGAGGAGGAGGCGGAAGGAGAGGAAGUUGAGAAAGUCCAGUGGUUACAAUGCAUCCCCCACGAGGGAGCAAGAGAUUGAUUCAUUGUUGUACAAUCAGAUGGCAGACUUGGAGGAGAAGGUUUACCUGUCUGCUGGUAAGGUCUUCACCUUGGAGGAGCGGUUGCAGCAACUUCAGGAACGGGUCAGUCAGGUUGAUAGGACCUCGCCCGAGGAGAACAUUGUGGAUUUGGAAGAUAAGAUUGCCUUGACUAUGGCUCAAGUUGCGCAGAGUGAGAAUCAGGUCAGGGCAGUAGAGGCACAGAUAGAAGCCUUGCAACGCUCCAGAGAAUCAACAAUGGACAUCAGUCAGUUCAGUACAGUCUCAGUGGCAAUGUGUGACCUCGCAAGCCCAGAGAGGUACAACCCGUAUGCUUACCGCUACGGGUCCUCGGUGCAAAUUCAGAUCCCACGCGAACGAGUCGAUAGCCCCGAAGAUUUUGUCAUGGAGGUAUCCCAGCCGAACCCUGAGUACAAUAACAACAAGGAUGGGAUGGAGGUUGAGAGGGAGGAGGUUGAGCUUGAGAUGGGGAUAACGAGCGAUGAGGGCGUGGCAGUGAACGGCGGACAGACGGAGCCGUUUGGCGUGGAGCGUUGCGCGGUCUCGCUUGAACUGCGACCGAUCAACGCUGUCAUCGUCCGAUAUCUCCAGGAAGGCGACGAUGAUAGUCUCUGGCCUGAUUUCCGCUUCCACCGUAAUAAACCCAGACUGAAGCAUGCCGGAGAGAAAAAACUCAAACUGGAUGAAGAUGUCGCUAAUGGUCACCAUAGCAAUGAGUUGAACUCGGAGGGGAACGAACGGCACAUAUCCACCCUUGAAUUGUCCCUGGACUACCCAGAUGAACCAGUCGCAACUCCUGAUGGACAGCCAGAAGUGAGCGUAUCCAUUCCAGUAAAUGAAAUUGAGGAGAUUUUGCAGGUGUAAUAGACAUAUCCUGCAAUCACGGGAGAGCCACACAUCAACUGGAGUCUACCUGCUGCUGACUUGUAAGAUAUUUGAAACACAAAAGGGCAUUUCAAAAAUGUAUCACCAAGAUGCGCACAGUGACAGGGAUAAACAUUACCAUGAAUUGAAGGUUAUAUAGAUACACUGUAGCAAAGUAUCUGGGAGAUACCUGCGCACACUAACUGUGUCGUCUGUGUGCACAAACUCCAGAGGGCGCAGUGUCACAAAAUUUGAAGUUUGGUGCAAAGUGAUUUGUCCGAAACUUCUAUGGUCAAGCCGAGUUGUUAGAUUGGCCCCUUGGACAUCACCGAAAGAAUUAGAAGAAGGAACUCUAUUUUGAGUUCAUUGGAGGUGCUGACUGCAAGCAACAUUAAGUGCUGCGGAAAUGUUCUAUAUAAACUUGACAAUUUAAUUCUUGACAAAAGAAUUUGUUUCUGGCUACAGAAAAGCCAGAAACGAGUCGGGAACGCAGUUGUAUGUGCAUUGCAGGGAGCUUCUGUCAGUAGCAGGAUGCAUCAACGAAAGCAUGGGAUCGACCAUGACCAGAUCUACGUCUGAAAGUGGUGUUCGCAUUUGUGGAGGUUCCUUCACGACAUUGUUGACAUCGGGUAAUGCACAGAAUGAAGCACUGUGGAAAAUAAGAAACUCAUUUUUAAGCAAGCCUGACCAUUUGGUUGACUUGUGAUGGGGGUACCUAGCUGCACCUUGCAUGCUGAUGUCGUAGUGCAGACAAUGCCUAGUCAAUUUAAGUUUGAACAUCAUCACUAAAACUCAUGGUCCUGGCACCCUGCAAUAUGGUAACCAGUGAUGUGAUGGACCUCCGUGGGCUGAUCCUGAAUAGAUGACCAAGCAAAUCAAACUAUCGUCACCUUGCAUGCAUUUUUAUGAAAGUUUGUCCGAAUCAAAUUUUACCACAGUUCUUUGCCAUACUUGUUUAACGCUGUCUGUUCCAAACGACUGUGAAAUUUGACCUCUUCAGAAACUAUAUACAUGUUACAUGUAAUGUUACCUAAUUGCCAUACAACUCUAUAAAACAUUCCAGCUGUACAAGAUUCACAUAUAUUUCAGGUAAAUAAAUAAACAUUCGAAAGCCACCACCUGUACAUAUACAUACAAGUAAUGCAAGUAUAUUUAAUAUGGAGUUAAAAAAAAAUAUGUUCUUUAAAAGUCUUUCAUGCAUGAUAAGUUUGGUGAAAGUAAAAAUUUGCAUGACAUGUUUUUAGCUGCAUCAUUGUAAAAAUGUUUGUACUGGUGUAUAAGGCACUUGCCGUAUUUGAUUUGUGAAACUCUCAAUACAGCAAAUUUUAAAACUAAAAACAAGUUCUAGUUCCACAUUACUUUGCAAAUGUACAUUCCCUCCAGUGAUUGGUCUUUAUGCAUAAGUAUCACGCAUGCAUUUAUUUUGUAAACGUAUUUCAUACUUUGUAUUUCAAUUUUCAAUUUAUUUGAGCACGUUUAUUUUACUCAGUUAUGCAAAUCUAUUUGUUUUUUGGUUUGCAGUAGUACACACUCAUGCAAUUUCUUUUUUCCCAGUUUGUUACUAGUCAAAUUUAUUUUUAUCAUGCAUAAUGAUUAUGGAUAUGUGCAAAUGAGAGGGUGUUUUGUAAAUUAUUGGAAUUUGUCAAAAAGAGGAAUUUCAUAGUGUUAAUUACAUGCUGUUGUAAUGUUUACUCAUAUAUGUGUAUACAUGUGUAUAUACACUUAUUUAAAGCAGUUACGCUCUUUAACACAAUGCAAAAUAUGGUGUAAUGUCAACAACAACAAAAAAGCAGCCUAUAGUCCAGUUCAUAAGAGCAAGUGCAAAUUAAUUUCACUGUGAAGUUCCUUAGAGUUUAAGUUUGCCAAUUUACAGCGUAAAAUGUUUUGCCAAUAAGUUGGAAAAUUAAUAGUUUAAAAAAAUGUCGUAUGACGUGUUUGUAUUGAUAAAAAAAGUAAUCACUGUGAUCUUUAAAAAAAGAUGUCUUUUUAUAUUAAACGGUAAAAAAAAAUGAUAAUCACCAUUGUCAGUUGAAAGUAAAUUAAUAUCUGAUUUUGAUUUACAUUUUUAUUUUCAUCUUGUUGUCACCCACCAAACUCAUAGAAUGAUAAAAACAAAAAUUGUAAAAAGAAAAUUCUCCUUGCCAAUAUCUUAAUAACCUAACUAUUCUGAACCUUUUUAAUAGAUUACAAUUAUAUUCUACAUAUAUAACCAUUUAAUGCAAGCUAUCUUACAUAGCAGUAUCAGUGCUAUAUUUAGACUACAGUAUAUAUUUCAGUGUAAAAAUAGAUGUUACUGUGUAUAGUAUUUAUUUAUAGAGUUACAGGAACCAGUGUGGAAACAUUCAUUAAAGAACAUUAACAAGGUUUUUAUUGACAAAAAGAAAAGCUUUCAAGACCAAAUGAGGGAAAUCUAGAAGUACUUGAAAACUGUUUAUGUAUACGGAAACGUUUAAAAAAUAUUUUAUUUUACGAUUAUUUUCCCUUCAGAAAUUCAGUAGCUAGGACGAGAUGGGCAUUGAAUUGAAGCUUUGUAUUUCAAGUAACAGAUAAAGGGUCUUUCUGUAGUUUCUGUUCAAAAUAAGGCGCUAUCAAAAUUGAAACAUAAAUGUGGUUGCAGUCACUAAAACAUUUUACUGUUUUCUUUCUCAAAAAUAUUUAUUAGAAGUUGAAUUUCUACGAUUGGGUUUUGAUAUGUCCUGAAAUCAAAUCUGUAAUUAUGCCGUGAAUUUUUUUUUUAAAUGAAUGUAUUUUUAAAUUUUGGGAUCGACUUGAAAAACCAUUGAUUCUUUUUAGUGAAAUUUCUUUUAAAUGUACAACUCAAUAAGUGUAAAGUCGUUAAUUGAAUCUUAUAAAAUGAAAUAAAUUGGUCAAUUCAGUUAGUUAAUCUUUGAACCUAGUACUGAGUCAAUCAAUCUAGUAUUGAUCAUUUAUGAGGCCGAAAGAUUCAAAUAUGUAAUGUGCAGAUUUUUACAAUAGGUUUCUCGACUUGAAUGUAUUUACUUUAAAUCACACUAAACACCACUUGUCCUUUAGAUUUAAACUCAAUUUUGUUUGUGUUCAAAUUGAAGCUACAGUAACAUGAACAUGUACAUGCAUUCUAAGGCAGCUGUCAACAAAUGUGAGUAAUUAUUGAAUUGCUGUUUCCUACGAAAUUAAAAAAACAUUAAGACAUUUUUUCCCAGUCAAUUAUAGUUGUUUGUUUGCCACCUGUGUUUAAUUUUAUCAAGAGUUAUGCCUCAGAUUAAUUUUGAUAGUAAGAUUGUCAAGAGAGAAGUGAGUAAAGUCUUGCAAUGUGUGGAGUUUACUUUUGUAUAGUGACAGUGCCAGUUGGGUUGACAUCAAGUCAUUUUCAAGUAGUGUUCAAGUUCAUCUUAUUUGACAAUGAGAGUUAUGUAUACAUUUGUAUUUACAUUUCUGUCCAAUAACAAGUUGUUUGUUGGAAUUAAACACACAAAUAAAUAACUAAAGACAGAAGUGUUAAGAGCCUUCCAAAACGUGUCACUGAAAAAAAGAAACUCAAACGUGCCAUAUGUGAAUUUUAGCAACUUGUAUUUUGACAAAAUAUGAAUAAUGAGGGACUCAAAGACUUGAUAAUGCUGAUUAAUGUGUGUACAGCACAUGAGCCUUUUUUAGAUAAUUGGCCGACGGAAUAGGAGGGCGCUAUUUGCAGCGAGUAAAUUUGGUUUCUAAAAUACACAAGACUUUGUCCACUGAAAAUUGCUCUCUCCUGAUGUGUCCACCACAUCUAAAUAAAAAAGCUGAUGAGCUGCAAUUGUUGAGUGUAGAUUCAGAUUACAUUUGUAGUAACCAUAUCAGGACCGAAGAUUAUAAGCCGAACGAUAAGAGGCUUUACACUGGGUUAUGUAACACAAAAACAAACAGAGGAAGAAUAGAUAUUACGCAUAGCAGCCAUCUUAGAGGGCAUCGAUUCACUUGUGCAUAUAUCCCGGCAAAACAAAGGAAUUGCCUACUAAGAUGGCUGCUACAAGGUCUGUUUAGUAUAGAGAAGACGUGUAGAAUGUUAAGAAGCUUUAGUGUAGUUGACUAGAAAUCCAGAGGAGCAAGUUAUUUUAUUCCAUGUAUAUUGUGAAAAAAAUUUGCAUCUGAAAAAUUUGCAUUUGCACAGACAUUGGAUUUAAACGUGAAAUGCAAUAAGAAUAUGGAUGAAAGGGAAU